UCUCUCUCAGUGAACACUGAUGUACUGACGCUGUGCAUGAGAGAGAGAGAGAGAGCGCGAGAGCGCGCGGUAGAUCUGCCGGUGUCUGCUCUCUUACCGGCAGCGAUCGAGUGCGUGCGCGCGCUGCGUUCGCGCGUGUGUGUGUGUGUUUGGCGCAGUCAUACAGAUGCAGCGCGUGUGUGUCCUGACAUACAGCAGCAUGUGAGCGCGCGCGGGCGCGUGCGUGUGUGUGUGUGUGUGCUGCGAGCAGGUGUUUUUGCGAGGCGUCGGGAGGAGGGACACACACACCCUCCAAAAGAGCAGCAUCACGGAGGCGGCCGGAGUAUUCGCUUUUUUCUUUCGUUUUUUGUUCUUCUUCUUCCUCAUCGUGAUCGUGGGAGGUGCUUUUUCUUUUCAUUUGCUCGCUCUGUCCGUCAUCUGCCUGCUCGUCUAUUUCUCCAUCUAUCUCAUCUAUAAUUUCUUUGGUUUGUGAGUUUUCGGAGGGACUGUGUGUGUGUUCUUACCUUCUUCUUUUUCUCCUCCUCCUCCUCUUCCUCAUCACCCCGCGGCUGGUGUGUUUGCUUCUAGGUAGGUUGAUUUGUGUUCACUGUAGUGUGUGUGUGUGUGUGUGUGUGUGUGUGUGUUUGCACACAUGAACACACACAUGCAGUAUGUGACGUAAAGAGAGAGAGAAGUGUGUGUUACCUCAGUCAGCUGUGUGUGUGUGUGUCAUCAGAAACACACAUUAUACUGUAGAUCAUAAUACACUCACCUCUCUCUCUCUCUCCCUCUCUUCAUUCUACUGGUCUCUCACCUGUGUGUGUGUGUGUGUGUGUGUGCAGUCCUUCAUAAUCCUGCAUAAACCAUCAUUUCUUCAUCUUUACCUGUCUUUCAUUCAUUGAUCUGCUGCUCUUUCUGGUAUUACGCGGUUAUUCACGCGCCAGCGCUCAUCGUCAUCAGUGUGUGUGUGUGUGUGUGUGUGAGUAAUUAAUCUGUUCAUUAAUAGAGAGAGGGAGAGAGCACGUAAAGUUGCAUUGCUCCCGUGUGUGUGUGUGUGAGUGUGUGUGUGGAGCCGCGCUUCACCCCUCCAUCUUCACCAUCAUCAUCAUCAUCAUCAGCCGCCUCUGAGGCGGCGUUGAUCAGGCUGCACGAGACCUUUGGAUGCAGCUCUUCUCUUGUGUUUCUCCUGAGGAGACUCGCUUCAUUCAUGAGUCUGGACUGCGACGCUUUUCCAGAUGAGCAAACACACGCGCCUCUUUCUGCUCUUUUACAAUUGGACUAAAUGCGGAGUGAAGCCGUUUCAGCUGAGGUGAAUGUGAACGGGACGCCGGAUCCGCCGGAGGACGUGAGCGCGCAGACUGUUCGACGCUCUGAAAACCAGGACGCUGAAGAUCAGCAGCUCCAGAGGACAAACACACACACACACACACAAGAACAGAGAGAGAAACUGCAGACCGACUGUGUCCACAGUAGGGAAUGAGAGCGCUACAGCAUCAUGUGGUUUCUGAGAUGGAGGAGUGAGAGUUUGGCUGAAAACACACGAGGUUUUUCUCUCCUCCAUCAUGUCCAUCUGCGUUUACCGUGGCUUAGCUCCACCCUCUCAGGAAAAACGGGCGUGGCUUUGUCAGCCAGCCCCGCCCUCAUUCCACUGGCCCCGCCCUUCGCUCUACCAGCUGUUUGCCGUGUGCCUGCUGCUGCUUCUGCCGGCGGCCGUCCAAUCGCGGCGCGAUCGGGGCGGAGGGGGCGUGGCCCACUACAUCCCGUCAUCGGUGGCUCAGUUCCCGCCCAUAUCCAAGCUGCUGCAGGGCCUGAGCAUCGCAGUGGUGCUGGUGGGGAACUCCAGUGAGGUGGCGCUCGCCGGCACCCGCGACAAAGACGACUUCAGCCACAUGCCGCUGGCGCCCAACGUAGAGAUGCUCACCAUGAACGAGACGGACCCCAAGAGCAUCAUCAAGAGCAUCUGCGACCUGAUGACGGAGCACUGGCUGCAGGGCGUGGUGUUCGGAGACGACACCGACCAGGAGGCCAUCGCGCAGAUCCUGGACUUCAUCUCGGCUCAGACGCACAUCCCCAUCCUGGGCGUGAAGGGAGGAUCCUCCAUGAUCAUGGCCGCUAAGGACGACAGCUCCAUGUUCUUUCAGUUCGGGCCCUCCAUCGAGCAGCAGGCGUCCGUCAUGCUCAACAUCAUGGAGGAAUAUGACUGGUACAUCUUCUCCAUAGUUACCACAUACUACCCCGGUUACCAGGACUUUGUUACCAAGAUCCGCAGCACCAUCGAGAACAGUUUUGUGGGCUGGGAGCUGGAGGAGGUGCUGCUGCUGGACAUGUCUGUGGACGACGGAGACGCCAAGAUCCAGAACCAGCUGAAGAAGCUGCAGAGCCCCGUCAUCCUGCUCUACUCCACCAAAGAGGAGGCCAACGUCAUCUUCGAGGUGGCGCAUUCUGUGGGCCUGACGGGAUACGGAUACACCUGGAUCGUGCCGUCUCUGGUGGCGGGCGACGCCGAUCACAUCCCGCCCGAGUUUCCCACAGGCAUGAUCUCGGUGUCCUACGACGAGUGGGAUUACGGGCUGGAGGCGCGCGUGCGGGACGGUGUGGCUGUGAUCGCGUCGGCCACCUCCACCAUGAUGAUCGACCGCGGGCCGCACACGCUGCUGAAGUCCGAGUGCCACGGGGCGCCGGACAAGAAGAGCCAGAUCACGGGCAGCAACAACGAGGUGCUCAGGUAUCUGAUGAACGUGACGUUCGAGGGCCGUAAUCUCUCCUUCAGUGAGGACGGGUAUCAGAUGCACCCCAAACUGGUGAUCAUCCUGCUGGACAAGGACAGGCAGUGGGACAGAGUGGGUAAGUGGGAGAACGGCUCUCUGAGCAUGAAGUAUCACGUGUGGCCACGCUUCGAGCUGUACUCCGGGACGGAGAACCGCGAGGACGAUCAUCUGUCCAUCGUCACACUGGAGGAGGCGCCGUUUGUGAUCGUGGAGGACGUGGAUCCGCUCAGCGGGACCUGCAUGAGGAACACGGUUCCCUGCCGAAAGCAGCUCAAAACAGUUAAUCAGACGCGUGAACCUCCGGUCUACAUCAAGCGCUGCUGUAAAGGUUUCUGUAUCGACAUCCUGAAGAAGAUCGCCAAGUCUGUGAAGUUCACGUACGAUCUUUAUCUGGUGACCAACGGCAAACACGGCAAGAAGAUCAACGGCACGUGGAACGGGAUGGUGGGGGAGGUGGUGCUGAAGAACGCUCACAUGGCCGUCGGCUCGCUGACCAUCAACGAGGAGAGGUCAGAGGUCAUCGAUUUCUCUGUGCCCUUCAUAGAGACGGGCAUCAGCGUCAUGGUCUCGCGGAGCAAUGGCACCGUGUCUCCGUCUGCGUUCCUCGAGCCCUUCAGCGCUGACGUCUGGAUCAUGAUGUUCGUCAUGCUGCUGCUGGUUUCUGCCAUCGCCGUCUUCGUGUUCGAGUACUUUAGUCCCGUGGGCUACAACCGCUGUCUCGCUGACGGCCGAGAGGCCGGAGGGCCAUCGUUCACCGUUGGGAAGGCCAUCUGGCUGCUCUGGGGUUUGGUCUUCAAUAACUCUGUCCCCGUGCAGAACCCCAGAGGAACCACCAGCAAGAUCAUGGUGUCCGUCUGGGCCUUCUUUGCUGUGAUUUUCCUGGCCAGCUAUACAGCCAACCUGGCCGCUUUCAUGAUUCAGGAAGAGUACGUGGACCAGGUGUCAGGGCUCAGCGACAAAAAGUUUCAGAGACCCAACGAUUUCUCCCCGCCGUUUCGCUUUGGGACGGUGCCGAACGGCAGCACUGAGAGAAACAUCCGCAAUAACUACAGAGAGAUGCACUCAUACAUGAUCAAAUUCCACCAGCGCAAUGUGGACGAAGCUCUGUACAGUCUGAAAACAGGGAAGCUGGAUGCGUUCAUUUACGAUGCUGCGGUGUUGAAUUACAUGGCGGGACGAGACGAGGGCUGUAAGCUGGUCACCAUCGGCUCUGGGAAAGUGUUCGCUUCCACCGGCUACGGCAUCGCCAUCCAGAAAGAAUCGGGCUGGAAGAGACAGGUGGACCUUGCCAUCCUGCAGCUCUUUGGAGACGGUGAUAUGGAGGAGUUGGAGGCUCUCUGGCUCACCGGGAUCUGCCAUCACGAGAAGAAUGAAGUGAUGAGCAGUCAGCUGGAUGUGGACAAUAUGGCGGGCGUGUUCUACAUGCUGGGAGCCGCCAUGGCUCUCUCGCUUAUCACCUUCAUCGCCGAACACGUCUUCUAUUGGCACCUGCGCUUCUGCUUCAUGGGCGUGUGCUCUGGGAAACCAGGGCUCACCUACACCAUCAGCAGGGAGAUUUACAGCUGCAUUCACGGAGUUGAAAUCGAAGAGAAGAGUUCAGCGCUGAAUUCACCCUCCGCUACCAUGAACAACACCCACUCAAACAUUCUGCGUCUGCUGCGCACCGCCAAGAACAUGGCAUCUCUCUCCGGGGUCAACGGUUCUCCGCACAGCGCGCUUGACUUCAUCCGCCGGGAGUCCUCCGUGUACGACAUCAGCGAGCACCGCCGCAGCCUGGCCGGACACUCGGACUGCAAGGCCCCGUACCUGCCCGAGGACAACAUGUUCAGCGACUACAUCAAUGAGGUGGAGCGCACCUUCGGCAACCUGCACCUGAAGGACAGUAACCUGUACCAGGACCACUACCUGCACCACCACGGAGGCUCGACCCUGGGGCUGACAGGGCCGCCACCCAACCGGCCCCACAGCCUGGGAUCCAGCAGUUCUCUGGAGGGUGGCAUGUUUGACUGCGACAGCCUGGGCGGUGGCGGCGGCGUGGCCCCGAUCUUCAGCACCCAGCCGCGUUCUGCGCUGACCCACAGGAACAUGAGUAAAUUCGACCUGCUGCAGAGCCAGACUCCUCCGUCUGGGCCAGGCUUGAAGCAGGGGCUGGCCGACCUGUACGGAAAGUUCUCCUUUAAAGGCGGAGCGUCCAGUUCGGGAUAUAUCGCAGGGCAUGACCGGUACUGCAGUGGAGCCGAUGACGGAAACAUCCGUUCUGAUGUGUCAGACAUUUCCACUCAUACUGUGACCUACGGCAAUCUGGAGGGCAAUGCUAAGAAGCGGAAGCAGUACAGAGACAGUCUGAAGAAGCGGCCCGCGUCAGCAAAGUCCCGCCGCGAACUCGACGAGCUGGAGCUAGGAUACCGCCGCCGCCAGCACCACGGCCACCACCAUCACCACCACGGGCACCGCUCCGCCUCUCCUCCGUCUGAGCGCAAGCGAGGCAGCCGUGUGAACUCUUCCUCGUACCUGUUACAGGACAAGGAAAGCCUGAGGGAUUUCUACCUGGACCAGUUCCGGCCCAAAGAAGGCGUACCGCAGUGGGAGCACGUAGAUCUUACGGAUGGUCCCAGCGGGGGAGGUGGAGGCAACUGCACCAGCCUGGUGUCGGUGGACGACUUCUUGAAGAGCAAACCCAAGAAGCCGGACAGCAAGAGCGAGUGGGAAUGUCGCACCUGUCGAGCCAGCAGUGCUGGCAGCAAGCAGACGGCCCUGCACACAGGCGGGACGGGCUACUGUGUGGCAGGUGGAGGUGUCGGGACCAGUCGCCCCAGUUCAGCCACUUGCAUGCGGUGCGAAGCCUGCAAGAAGUCGGGCAACCUGUACGACAUCAGCGAGGACAGUAACCACCUGUUGGAGCAACUGACGCCGGCGCAGCGUCGCAGGGCUUUCAGUGGUAAACCGCUACGCCGGCAACAUUCCUAUGACACCUUUGUGGACCUGCAGAGGGAAGAGUUGGGUGUGCCGCUGGGGUUCGGUGGGGCCGGAGCGCUGCCCCUUCCGCCCCGCAGCGUCAGCCUCAAGGAGAGGGAGCGCUGCAUGGACCCCUCCAGUCCCUUCGCACAUAUAUUUGAGGAUGCGGACCGAGUCCCACUGUUCUACGGUGGUCUAGAGAGGGGAAAGAGCACGGGAACGCCAUUUGGAUUGUUCCCUCAGCGGCGCUCGGUUGGGGAGAGGGAUCAGAGAGACAGAGGACUCAUGGAGGGGCCAGCUCACUCCUUAUCCAAAUCCCUCUAUCCCGACCGAACCGACCACAACCCCUUCAUCCCUACGUUCGGAGACGACCAGUGUCUGUUGCAUGGUGGCAAGUCCUACUACGUGACUAAGCAGCAGCAGGGCGAUAUGCGCGGCCCCAUGGGCACGACCUCUUUCCUGCCGGCGUCGGCCGCCUCAGGAGUCAUGUCUAACUUGGCUCCUCGCUUCCCUGCGGAGUUGUGCAUGGGGAACCACCACACCAGCAAGCUCAGUCUCGGUCCGCCUCGACCGUUCAACGGCAGCAACGGACACGUGUACGAGAAACUCUCCAGCAUAGAGUCCGACGUGUGAGAAAGGGAGAGGAGCGCGUGAUAAGGGACAGGCAAACAUUCUGUUAGCGCUCCACCGCCAGAUUUUAGCAGAACACGCAGAACUUGAGAGAAUUGAAAAUGUCAUUUCCUGUGAAGUUCACGUCCACACCAAUCUCCACGAGCGGGUGAGAACAAGAGCAGGUCCAUCUGCCGAGUGUGUGCAAGAAGAAGAACAGGAGAGCAGAUGGCCGUUUCACCUCCGUCCCUCUCCAUCCUCACAUCCAACAGCCCAGUCCUGUACUCUUGUCUUUUGUGAAGAUACAAUCAUAAAAGCAUGAUUGAUUUCUUUUGAAACAGGGUAAUAACUGUACCUCAGAGACGCUGCUGACUGGUAAUCUGUUGAUGAAAUUGGGUUUCAGUUGUCUGUUCUUUUCUUGACCUUGCUCUAGAGGCCUUUGGUGAGCGUUAGGGAUAUUUGAAUGUGAUGAUCAAUCCAGUCUCCACAUCACGCUAAUGUAUCCAUGGCAACAGCCUCUCCCAUGCUGUUUACUGCCGUGACACACGCGUGCAUUAGUGAAAGUGCACAAGCCUCUGCCAUCAUUUAUACUCGAGUCUCUACUGCCGUGAUAUUUCAUAUCCAACGAGAAAUCUCUGAAAGGUGAAAAACAAAGGCUGAAAUGACAGUAUUAACGCCUCUCUUUGUUUCGGUUGUAAAUACAUUUCUCUUUAUAUAAGCCUACAAGGUUGACCUUUAAUAUAGCUUUUUCAAGUAUAACAAAUAACCAAAAUAAAGACAAAAACACAACAAAAUACACAAAAACAUAAAAUAUGCAAAAAUUAGCAAAAGCAUUAUAAUUCAUGAUAAGUGAUAUUUUAAGCGAUAGUUUGCUUUUUAAAUUCAUGUUUAUUACUUAACUCUGAUAGCUCCUAACCAGCUUCAUUUUAAGGAUUUACCUUUAUUCGUUUAGCCGCAGUGUAACAGAGCUGAGCCGUGCUGUCGUGGACAUGGUUAAUUUACUCAGAUUAGUUUACCGAAUACUCCUUGCUAAGUUUCUCUUAAACGUUUCCAGACUCUCUCUUUCAUAAAUAAACG